AAGAACAAAAUUGGCGCGCGAAAUUUCGUCAAUAAUUCACUUUUUUUUGUUCAUCAUUUAUUUCAAAUAAUGUCGAAAGGUGGCACAGAUCAUUUAGAAGUGAAUUAAAAGUUUAUUAAAUUUAAUGGAAAAUCUCGAUAUGAAUAAACGACGCACAUGCGAUGAUGAACAAAUUCAAAUGUUUCCAAAUCCAAAGCACAUAAAAUUAUCUGAAAGUGGUUGCGCAGAUUUGUUGAAUGGCAUCGAUUUUGUCGAUUUUGACGAUGAAUUUACAACGUCGGAAGAUAAUAGUGAAGAGCAACAACCAGCAUCAACAAUAGAACGUCACAAUUCGGUCGAAAAAUUGCUGCAUGGCAUCGAUUUUGAUAGUUUCGAUGAUAGUGAUUCAUCACAAUCCGAAUGCAUCUUGGAUAUUAGCACUUGGAAACGAUGUAUCAUUGAUAAUUGUUCGCGCGAUGCACGCAAUCAUGAUCUCAUCAUUGCUGGAUAUGAGGAUAAUGGAAAAUCUAAUGAUAUGAAGACUGACCCCGUCAAACGAAUGAUUUGUCGAUUGCAACAUUUUUGGUCACAGUGCCGAAUCGAUGUUGGUGAUAUUGUGUCCAUAGUUGCCGUGUGGAAUGCAAAAACUCGUUCAUAUUGUGUCUCAAACAACGAUGGCUUUGUGGUAGUUCGUCCCGAUUUCCUGGUUUCGGGUACGACCGUUGUUAGUGGACUGUUUUGCAUGAGAAAAGCUGUGCUCCAAGAUCGUUUCAAAGGCAUUGAAGCGGGUGUCAAAAUUAUGACCAUCGGUUCGAUUGUGCAUGAACUAUUUCAAAUAGUAUUGCGACGCCGACUUACGACACGUGAUCAAAUCAAAGCGAUUAGCGAAGAAAUGUUAUCCGAUGGUGGAAUGGCUUAUACAUUAUAUGCAAGUAGCAUGAAUUCAACGGAAGCACGCAACGAAUUUAAUGGAUUCUUGGAUAAAAUUUAUGAUUUCAUGCAGCGAUAUGUCGAAGGAAAGGCAAUUACUUCAGACAAGAAGACUGAACAAUUCAAUGGAACGAUCGAUAGUAUUCAAGAUAUUGAAGAAAAUAUAUGGGUGCCACGAUUGGGACUCAAGGGAAAAGUUGAUGUAUCGGUGAAUAUUAAUUGCGGUCAGAAGAAUAGUAUGUCCAAGCGAAAAUCCAUAUACAUGCCGCUCGAAUUGAAAACGGGACGAGCCAGUUUCUCCGCCGAACACACAGGUCAAUUAAUCAUUUAUCAAAUGAUGAUGACCGAAAUAGAGAAAACGAAGAUUGAAUCAGGGCUUCUGUUGUACUUGCGUGAAGGAGUAAUGCGUGAGGUAAAAGGAGCACACAAAGAACGGCGUGAUUUAAUACUUCUUCGCAAUGAAAUCUCAUACUAUUUGGCCAAACAAUUCGAAUCGUAUGCGAAUAUCGGACAAAAGUCAAUAUUCAAUGAAGAUCGUGGCGCCAAAUCCAACGAUGAUUUACUCACCGAACUGAUGCAAGUUUCAUUUAUUCCGGAACUGCCAGAGCCAAUCAAUAGGGGCAAUGUAUGUGCAACGUGUCCAUAUAAUAUUCUUUGUUCGGUGUAUUUGAAUCAAGAUACAAAAACACUAUCAUCGCUCGAUGCAAAGCAUCCACUUCGUGAAAUUGCACCCCUGGUAACCAUACAUUUGAACGAUGCGCAUAUCAAUUAUUUUUGUCAUUGGGUUGGACUGAUGGUUUUAGAGGAUCAAGAGAAUAAAAAAUUAAAUCCAAAUAAAGUAUUGUGGCUCGAAACGCCCGAACACCGUCAAAAAUGCGGCAGAGCUGUGAUUGAUCUGAUUUUGGAUCGAAAUGUUAAAGAAGAAAAAGAUGGCGAAUAUAUUCACGAUUUUCGUACGGACAGAGUUGAUUUAACAUCAUUUGGAUUUGCCUUGGGUAAUUAUUUGAUUGUUAGCACGUCAAAGCGAUACGCAGUUGGAGCUGGACCUGUUAUUGGGAUCACUGAAAAUGUCAUCACACUCAUUUUGGACAGAAAUUUAUGUGAUCGAUACGCAAAUGAGACGUUCAUCAUCGAUAAAUACGAAUCGCAAACAAAUGCCACAUUUAACAUGUCGAAUUUGGGUGCUUUGCUUGACAAUACCGAAGCCGCUGAACGGCUGAGAAAAAUUGUCAUCGAUCGCACGAAGCCAACAUUUACAAAAACAUUACCAAAAGUUAUAACGAUGGCAGGAAAAUCCAUUUUGCUCACAUUGAAUGGAAAUCAAAGAACGGCGGUGCUAAAAGCACUUACGGCAAAUGAAUAUUUACUAUUGAAAGGAUUGCCGGGAACCGGAAAAACACAAACCCUUGCCGCACUAAUUCGAUUAUUAGUUUUGAUGGAAAAAUCGGUUCUGAUCACAAGCCACACACAUUCGGCCGUUGAUAAUGUACUGACACGUCUCAAAAAAUGUGAUGCAAAUAUAAAAUUUAUGCGAUUAGGAUCGGCGAAACGAAUACGCCCAGAGUUGAGGGACAGCAGUGAAGAAGCAUACACGUCCACAUGCAAAACACCAGAUGAAUUGGCAAAUGUUUAUAAUCAAUUUAAUGUAGUUGGUGUCACGUGUUUAGGAUCUGGUCAUCCGUUAUUGACACAAAGAGUAUUUGAUGUCGCUUUAGUGGAUGAAUCGACACAAGUAUUCCAGAGUACCGUUUUGCGUCCAUUAUUUUCAGCCAAAAAGAUUAUUCUCGUUGGUGAUCCAGAUCAAUUACCACCAAUUGUACGAUCGCAAAUGGCGAGAAAAUUGGGUGCUGACGAAAGCCUAUUUGCACGUUUAGAUUCGCCAGAGGCUACAAUAGCUCUGACACAUCAAUAUCGAAUGAAUAAGACCAUAACAAAACUGGCGAAUGAUUUAACAUAUAAGGGUCAUUUGAAAUGUGCCAAUGAUGAUGUGGCAAAUGCAACAUUCAAAAGAAAGGUCAUAACAAAAACAAAGUGGAUACAACGAACAUUGUCACCGCAUAUCGAUCAAUCGGUCAUAUUCUUAAAUACGGGCAAUGUGGCCGAAAUGAAUGGCACAACGGUUGACCGAAUUCUUGGAAAUGCCAAUGCAAAUAUCAUUCAAUCACCGACAAAGGUCAAAAGUACACGAAUUUAUACGAAUUACUGUGAGGUGGCCAUUAUUUUGGCAAUUGUCAAAGAAUUAAAAGAAAUGGGUCUCGAUAGCAAUAUGAUUGGCAUCAUUGCACCGUACGCACUACAAGUUGAUUUGCUACAUAAGUCGGUGGCACAACAUUUUGAUAACGAUAUCGAAGUAAACACCGUAGAUCAAUACCAAGGUCGUGAUAAAGAAGUCAUCAUAUAUUCAUGUACCAAAUCAAAAGGACCGUCGGAUAAGACAAUGAAAUCGAUGGAGAUGCGUCGAAAUAACGAAAUUCUAGAGGAUCAACGGCGUUUAACCGUGGCUAUUACGCGUGCCAAGCACAAACUAAUUAUGGUUGGGGAUACAGCAUCAUUGGAAAAUUAUCGACCAUUUAAAAUGCUGAUCACAAGCAUGAGCAAAAUGAAUAAAAUUAAUUUAAUUGAUCGGCAACAAGGUUUCGACUGGCGCACAGUUUUAUCGAUCUUUGAUACAAAAUAAUUUUCCAAUUGUCGAAGCGCACCUUUUUUGCAAAGGCUUUUUUUUUGUUUUGUUUGAAUAACAGAAUUGUAAUUUAAAAACUAUUUCACGAAGACUGUAUGAAAGUUGUAUAAAAAUAAUAUUGUUAAAAAACAUGAUGAAAAAAAUAAAAUUU